AUGUCCAGAAGUCCGGUGCCUGCUUCUCAACAGAUCUCAUUAGGUCAACAAAUUGUUGCCUCGUCCAGUGGUGCUCUCUUAACUUCAUUGUUCAGUAUGUUUUUGAUGUUUUAUUGUUUUUUGUGUUUAGGCAUUAGUUUUGAAAAAUGAUUUUCAAUCUCUAAACCUGGCUACAACAAUGUUUUAGUGACUCCGAUGGACGUAGUAAAGACUCGGUUACAAACUCAAAUUCAGCCAGUAGCUAAAGGAGAGUGUUUUUUGUUUAACAAUGGGUUAAUGGAGCAUUUAUGCACGUCUUGUGCUGAACCAGCUAAAGAUCUCAGAUGUGAAUGGUUUAAUAGGCCAGGACAUUUCAAUGGAACUCUGGAUGCUUUUGUUAAAAUAACUAGAACAGAGGGUGUGAGAUCGUUGUGGAGUGGAUUAUCACCAACGAUGUGAGUUUAGACUGCUAUUGAGGUUUUACGUGAUAUUAUAGUUGGCAAUUUUCAGUGUUGUAUGUUCUUGCUCAUAACUUCGUGAAUUCUUGAUGAUUUUUGAUAUUAUAAAGUUUAUGUUGAAUUUCAGAGUAAGCGCGAUACCUCAGACCGUGUUUUACUUCACUUUAUACGAUAAUCUACACACACGACUUCGGAAAACCUUUACAGACGGGUAUAUAGCGCCAUUGUUAUCGGGAGCUGGAGCUCGAUCAGUAGCCGCUUCUGUUGUCUCGCCAUUGGAGAUGAUACGAACUAAGAUGCAGAGUGAAAUAUUGUCAUAUAAAGGUGAGGUUUUGAAUUAAUAAGGGUUUUAUAAGGCUGUAUUUUAGUAUAUUGUACUAUGUAUUAAUACUAUGGUCUAGUGUAAUAUAGUUUAUAAAUAUUUAUUAUAUAUUAAGGGUAUACAUAGUGCAAUAAGGUCUAUGUUAAGCUGAUUGUCUAGUGUAUUACUAUUUUUUACAAUUCAUAAGCAAUGUUGUUCAUCAGCGCUGCAAAAUGCCUGGGGCUGUAGAUGCGCUCCUUAUGUUCAGGAGCGUGUUCUGGCAUGUUGCAGACCGGGCACACAAUGAGGUAGACCUGCUCAAGGUGGGUCAGCUCUGCUUUGACCUUCUUCCAGACUUGGAUUGGCUUGGCCGGGCCUUCAAAUUUGGGCGCGGGCAUGGAUUCUUUUCUUUAAAUAAGCCUUAAGGGCUUUUUUUGGCUUGAACAAGUUGAUUCAACUUUUGAAACCUGGUUUUGCGAGCUGAAAAUUACAGUAGGAUAAGUGUUGUUAUAUUGAGAUUGAUAUAGAGAUUAAUUUUGUCAUUUUCAGUUUUUUAAAGAAAGUUCUUACUAUUUAUAGUUUUGUAAAGAAAGUUUCUGCUAUUUUUUGAUUUGUAAAGAAAGUUCUUUCGAAAACAAUUAAUAUGACAGUAAAACUUACAAAGUUUCUUAGCCUUGACGAUAUAUCGUUGGGUUAGGCCAUUAGGCUUACAAAUAACCUUCUUGGCGAUGCUUCCAUUGUUGUUCAUGAUGGCGAGGGACACCUUGAGUACGAUGGUUGAGUUGAGGUGGGGUGGUUGAGAAGAGUGAGCUUAAGUGAUGGUAUACCCAGCUUUUCUCGUCUUAUAUAGGGUUUGAGUUGUGUAUGCGUAGAAAUCUUUAGUAUCAAUAUUAGUGCGAGUUUAUACUUAAUUUGGCGGGUUUGUAUGAUCUUUUUUGUAUUACGCAUACGUACUUUGGACUAUGAUACUAUUAAGGUUAUGGUGGGGGUCUAUAUAUGAUUACGCAAAAGGUUGAUACUAUAAUUUGAAAGGCUUGAUACUGUAAUAUACGAUAAACAGCUGGAAAGAUACUAUACGAUGAAGAGGUGGCAACAUACUUACUAUGGGAUAAAGAGUUGAUAACAUACAGUACGAUAAAGAAAUUGAGAAAGUACUUUAUGAUAAGGGGUUGAUAACAUACUAUACAGUAAAUUUUUGAUAACAAACUAGUAGGUUGUUCAAAUAAUUAUUUGCCUCCUUUCAAUGCAGAUUUGCAGAGUUAUGGAGCACAGAAUUAUUUGGACAACCUAAUACAAUAUAUUGCUUUAGUUUCUUUUUGACCAAAAUUGGAUAAUUUUUUUAACUUUUACAAAACAAAAUUCUGUGAAAAAUGACAUUAACAACCCGUACUUUAGAUAUCCUGAAGGCAAUACGAACGUCGAUAAAGCAUGAAGGAUACACAAUGUUGUGGCGAGGCCUGACAGCUACGUUGUUCAGAGAUGUGCCGUUUUCUGGUUAGUUUUAGGCGUAUAUUGGACUUGCAAUGGGGUUUUAGACUAGCUUUUUAUAUAAAGUUAGCUUAAAAUAUGAGUGUUUGGUUCAAAAGGGCUAUUCAUACCUAAAACAAUAUAAUUUUUAACAAGAUUUUUAAGUUUUUCGAAAUAAGGUUUGGCCAAAUCUUUAGUUUAUGACUUAGAAAGGUCAUUUAUACCUAAAACAAUAUAAUUUUUUAUCCUAGAUCAAUGUCAUUUAUUAACCUUAAAAAAUAUCUUUUUCAGCAAUCUACUGGAUAGGCUACGAAGACCUCAAAGCCAGGACAAUAUCAUACUUUAACCGAAAAGACACCAACUUCUUCAUAAGCUUCAUGGCCGGUGCAACGUCAGGCACAGUGGCCACGGUAAUCACACAACCCUUCGAUGUGGUCAAAACCCAUAAACAAGUGACGAUAGGACGAAUCGGUCGAAAAGACAUGAAGAAAGGAAAGCCGGUGACGACGAACAAGCCCAUGAGAGUGGUGAUGAAGCAGAUUGUGGCACAGGAAGGGGUUGGUGGACUGUUUACUGGUAGGUUUGGGGUUCAAGGACGUAGAUAUUGAAGGGGGGGGUGGAUUAUUUUUUAUGGUUGUUUUGUUAUAGGCUUAAUUUGAAAGCUUUUGGCAUAACUUUACUUUUUUUGUAUUUGAAAAUGGGUUUCGGGUUUAUUCUUGGGAGAUUAAUUUUUUUUAGCUAUAAGUUUUUAAUGGGGCCUUUAGGCUUAAGGUUAAAUCCUAGAAUGUAAUUGGUUUUUUAGGUUAACAUCUAAUUUUGUAGGCUUAAUUUUAUGUGUUUUAGGCUUAUAGUGUAUUUUUAUGUUUGGUUUUGGGUUUUUAGGCUUAAUUCUGUUGAGUCUUUUGGGUUUUCACGGGGUUUUAGGCUUAAGGUUAGAUAUUAGAAAAUGAAAUUGGAUUGUUAGGCUAACGCUUGAGUUUUUAGGCUUACUAUUAUGUUUUUUAGGCUCAUAGUGUAUUUUUAAGUUUUAUAAUGGGGUUUUAGGCUUGGUCUAGGCUUCUUUUUGUUUUAGGUUUAGUGCUUUUGCGUUUUUUGUUUUUAAAUGGGGGUUUUAGGCUUAAGAGUAGAUAUUAGAAACGGAAAUUGGUUUUUUAGGCUUACUUUUGUUGGCAUGAGGCUUAUAAUUUAUUUUUAGGAUUAUUUAUGUGUUUUUAGGAUUAAUUUUAAAGCUUUGAGAGAAACUUUAAAGCUUUAGGUUUAAAUAGAUUUGUAGGCUUAUGUUUGCAACGUUAGGCUUAAGUUUUUUUGGUUUAAUUUGUAUUUUUGCCAUAGCCACUACCUUUAAGAUCAAAAUGAUAUUCUAAGAUGACAAUGAAUAAUGAAACUAUUUACAGGCCUAGCACCAAGGAUAUUCAAGACCAGCAUGGCGUGUGCCAUAAUGAUAGGAACCUACGAGUACUUGAAAUUGGUCUUCAAACGACGAAAUUUUGCGGAAAAUUAG